AUGUCUGUCAAAAACGAAUAUCAGCAUUUCAUUCCCCAAUUUCUCAUCAAGAACUUUGCGUACCCUUUCAAAUGCCCGAAAGCCGAGCUGGCUGGGAAGAAGAAGAAGUGCAAAUGCAGACAUGAGAAGGGAAAAUAUCCUAAUGACCUAGUCGUCAACUGUGUCAACCUCCAUACCACGCCUUUUUCAAUCGAUGUCCGCUCAGUCAAGAGAAUUUUUGGCUCCCCCGGCAUGUACUUGGACCCGAACCAGCCAACAACCAGCCAGCAACGCCGUAUUGAAAGCAUGUUCAGCAAAUUGGAAUCUCAUGCGAGCUCCAUCUUCCGGAAGAUUGUCAAGUCCUACGAGGCCGGCGAUGGAGCCAUGUCGCUGACUAGACUUGAGCGAGAUAAUGUCAGAAAGUUCUUCUUUAUAUUGAAGUAUCGUGGCAGUACUUUCCAUCGUCGAUUCUACCAUGAUAGGGCCAGCGACUACAACGCCGACGACCGCGAAAGGUUGCACGAGUAUAUGAGGCAACGCGGAUUCUCUAGUCCGAGAGAUGUCUGGUACCAUAAUCUGGAAUGUAUCAUGAAUUUGAAAAUGGAUGUGAAGGGAGAGUGGAGGGAAGAGCUUCCGCGCCAAAUGUUCUCCGAUGACGCCCGCUGGUUCAUUAUGCAUGUUGACUUUUUUUACAUGGCUUUCUGUACACCAGUUGAUCUGGACGAUGAGUUUGUUCUGACCGAAAACUGCUACAAUAUCUUCGAAGGACCCAACACCUUCAUGAAAGAUGAGAGCACAGGCGAAGAACACGGAUCCUACCAUGGCAGUUUUCAUGAAUUCGCCACCAUUUCCCCGCGCCUGGUGGUCGUGCUACGGUCCUUAGCACUGCCAAAUCGCCGGGAAGACAUGGAUCCUGAGGUGAGGAAAUGGCGUCAAGAAACAUAUGACGCAGCCUAUGGAGAGCCCUUUGGUCCAGGAUUGAAGUCACUCCUUCACGAUCUCCCAAUUGAGAAGGCAACGAACUCCUACAGCCAAAUCGUUGGAGAUUAUGUUGUCCAGUUACCGGAACAUGAUGGCAAGUUUCGCCCAAAUGACAAAUUCGUGUUUCAAUAUUAUCCUAUUAGCCCUCGACACGUUCAGACACUGAACAAUCUCUUCCUGGAAAACGCUGACAGAAGCGACACCCUGGCCUUCAAGAACCAAACCACCUUCCUCAAGAUACUCGAGGCUUACAUUAGUGGCCCAUGCGAAUCGUUCAAAAUCGCGGGUGGCCCCGACAAAGAGAUUCGACUACAGUAUCUCCAAGGGCUAGAGGCUCUUGCUAAGAAUAUGGGAUCUCAGAAGACUCUUCUAUACAGGGAGAUGACCAUACCGUGGGGCAUUGAUUCUAAACGAUUUAUGGAAAAGCAAUUGGCCUACCGUGAGCUGAUAGGCCCUACGGGAGAAAUAAAUCGUCAGAAUAGUCCAGGACCAGAGUUUUUUGACAUCUAUGAAAAACUCCACAAGAAGAAGGUAGAUCUCAAUCCGCUGGGAGACAUAGGUUUGGCCAGGAGAAUGGCUCUAUUUCACAUCAAGGUUGAAGCAGAGUCGAUUAUUACAGGACAAUUAGAGGCUCUACUAAUGGCGCGAAAGUCGCUUCAAUCCGUACUUCAAACCUCAAGUUGUGCAGUAUAUUGGCUUUAUUUGAAGCUAUGGCGCAAAUAUAUGUUUGGAGAUGCUGAUGGAACUUCAGAUCUCGUGGACCUUAUUGCAGAUGAUAAAGUAAGGGUCGGCCCAGAAGAUGCCUUUGCGAAAACCGCCCAUUUGUAUAACGAGAAUGCCUUGAAGAAUCUUAUGUUUACUUCCGUUUGCCAAGAUUUUACUUUGAGAAAGGGAAAGGCGGGUAGUGUCUGGAAAACCCGUUCAGAGACUCUCAUCAAUGCACCGGAUUUUCUUAUUUAUCAUUAUGCUCUCUUUCUUACGACAGGGAUUAGAAAGAUUGAGAUACUCGCUGAGUGGGAAGAGAGAAAGGCUCUACAGUCUUCGAGCUUUGGACACCUUGGUUUGUAUCCUUAUCUAGACGAGGAAGAGAAACUUGAGUUGGCGAUACGAACUCAAGUUAGAUCCAAAUUUCAAGCUGCUAUGUUUGGAGGAGCAGAGCCUGAAGCCCUCAAGGAGUUGGAGCACGUUCUCUUCACGCUCACAUUUCCAACACCACCUUGUGAGGGCUUUUCAAUGCCUUCAGGACACCCUAUCUAUGCGGAGGCUAGGCCUGAGGCGGUAUAUUAUUGA